GUGCAUAUUCUAUACACACACACACACACUGGAGUGUCAUUUCAAUUCAAUUCAAUUGCAUAACCAUGGAAACUGACCAUUGCUUCAAAAUUCAAACAUUUGACCACACAAUUUCUAGUCAUUGUUUUAUCCUAAGAAAAAAAAACAUCAACUUUAAACUAAUGAAAAAAAAUGACUAGUUUAAAUGAAUAUAUUGCCAAAGAAAAUAAAGAUGUUAACGAACAAUUUAAAUAUUUUGAUCGAUUGGAUAAAAUUCUAAAGAAUUUGGAAAAAAAAUCACACCAAAAAACAAAAUUGAUAAUUGAUCAAGAUGCUGCUUGUGACAAAAAACAAAUGUUGUCCAACAAAUCAUCGUCCGAUACGAUUGUUGAAGAUAAAAUUGACGAAUCAGCUGAUCAAAAUGAAAACGAUGAAACAAAAACGAAAACCGAAUCCAUUGAUUUUGAACGAAUGAAAAAAAUUAAAGACAAUGUACGAUCAAUGAAACAAAGAACAAAAUCACCGACACCAUCACAAGAAAAAAUGGAAAAAUAUCGUAGAGAUUUAUUGAAACAAAUUGAAGAUAAGAAAAAAUCGAAAAAGAAACAAGAAGAACAUAUCAAAAAUAAGGAGAAAAGUUUAGAGAAUAAAAUUGCUCAACAACGAUUGGCAAUGUAUUUUGAAUAUUUAGAAGAAAGAAAAAAAAUGGAUUUUAUUACUGGACCAAAGAUGGUCAUGAAUAAUGAGAAAAAAGAAAUGAAACAAAAACGAUCGGCUAAAGCGAAUCGAAAGGAGGAUGUGAAUGGUGAAAUUAAUGUUAAUCGAUCAAAUGAAAAGGAAAAAAAGAAUGACAUACUGGAUGAUGAUGGACAAUCAAAUGAGGGAAAAUCCAAUGAUUCUGUAAUGAAGAUCAAACAUAAAGGUAUGAAUUUGAAAUAUUUUUCGUCAUGUUAUUCGUUGAUUAUUUUUUCACCAAACAUAGAAUAUUCGUCGAACAUUUUGACUGAUUUGAAUGAAGUGAGAAGAAUAAUGCAUACUGAUCAUUAUGAAUUGCUUGAAAAACUAUUUGAUUUGAAUAUCUAAUAUGAAUAAAGUCAUUCGGAUUUUUUUUUGUUUACAAAAUUUCUUAAAAUAAAUCUUCCGAAUGUCUUGAAUGAUGUUUUAGU